AUGAAGGGAACCUAUAAAAGAAGAGAAAACGGUGCUGCUAGCAGCAACAAGAAGUUGAGUGGGUCUUUUGGGAAGGGGCCAAACGGCUUUGGAAACGGGAACAACAGUGGUUCUGCCGCAUCUCUAUUUUACGAGAGCGCCGAAACUAACAAGCAAUUUACUGAUAGAUUUGAUUACUUAUUAGUUAACAGCAUUGGGAGUGAUGUUUUCGUUACCGUGGUGUCUGGUAUCCAGUACGAGGGGUUGCUUUUGGCUUGCAAUUUGAAGUCCACGGCUGGGCUGGACAUUGUCCUCAAGUACCCUAGAAGAGUCAAGGGAUCUUCAUUACCGAUCAAUGAGCAUGCAGAGAUGGACGAUACGGAUUUGGGGGAGACGUUCUUGAUUCAUGGUGCGGAUAUUGCUGAGCUGGAGUUGAAAAAUAUUGACCUGUCCCUGGACGAUAAAUGGGAGCAUGAGAAAUCAGAGCAGAACAAGAAGAAUGUAGAAGAGGAACAGAAGAGUAAGGAGAGGGAUGCCAAAAAAGAGUUCAAGACGGACGUUGAUAUUUCUGGUGGGAAGUCUGUCAGAGAAAGGGAGUUGAAAGCAUGGGUUCCAGAUGAACUACCUGCUACAAGCAGAACUUUGAACAGCCAAACUUUGGAAGAGUCCUCUUCAACCUGGGAUCAGUUCUCUGUCAACGAGAAAAAAUUUGGUAUCAAGUCCUCCUACGAUGAACAUUUUUACACAACGAAGAUUAACAAGGAUGACCCACAUUUUGAACAGAAAUUGAAGGAGGCGCAAAAACUCGCUGAGGAAAUUGAAGGCCAAGGUUCAUCCGGCAAUAUCCACCUUGCAGAGGAUAGAGGUAUUGCCAUUGAUGAUUCUGGCAUGGAUGAGGAAGAUUUGUACUCAGGUGUGGACAGAAGGGGUGGCGAGCUCCUAGCUUCUUUGAAGAACAAUGCCAGACCUACUGAGGCUACGAAGGGUAACAGAUACUUGCCACCCACUUUGAGAACACAGCCCCACCACACGGACCCUGCCAUUAUUUCGUCCUCAGGGGGUAAAACUGCAGACUCAAAAACUGUGGAUGAAAGCGAGAUUCCUGCACAAAUUGCCAAGCAGCCUCCUGCUAAGAAGGAAUCCGAGACCAAAGUCCGUGUUAGUGAAGAACACAAGGAGACCCCUACAGAGGUUCCACACCACGGCAAGGAGGCACAUUUACACGACUUUGGUAAAAAAUCGUCCAGAGAGCCUUCUGUUUCCAGAUUUUACAAGGAUUACCACCAAAGAGAAUCUCCUAAACCCAGAAUACCAUUACCAUUGACAAAGGAGGCUCAGAUCGAGGAGUUGAAAAAAUUUUCGCAGAAAUUCAAAGUUCCCUAUGAGGUGCCAAACGAUAUGAGAAGCGUUGUGAAGAAAAACGAGGAGGAAGCUGCUGAUGCUGCCGCGAAGUCGCCUUCUCCAAAGGACCAGAAGAAGGAGCUUUCUCGCAAGUCAAGCCAGCAGUCCCAGACCCAUUCCCCACCUGUGGCAAGAGGAACUACGCAUUUGAGAAGACGCCCACACGGAUCCUUCUUCAGUUCUCAACGGUUACAAAGUGCUGGUAACAAAGGUGCACUAUUCCAAGAAAACUUCAAUUUCUUCAAGCAAGCGAAGAAGGCGCAUGAUCUGGAAAAGGAGAUGGAACCAUUUUUUGUGGAGAAACCAUACUUCACUGCUCCUACUUGGAACGGGACCGUAGAGGAAUCUUACAAGACUUUUUUCCCUGACGAGCGGACUGCUAUCCAGGAAGCGCAAGUCAAGUUCCAAGAGCGUCAAUACAACAACAUGAGCGCGAUGGGUGGGUCCAUGAACCAACCUCAGUACAUGAUGUCCAGCGGCGGUGCAGGCGGCCCACAGAUGGGCAUGCCUCCAGGAGGGAUGAUGACUUUCCCAGGAGCAGGAGCAGGUGUCGACCCAAACAAUGUCGCUGGAGGUCCCCCGGGGGCACAUUCUCCAAACCCAAUGAUGGAUGGGUUCCCAGGAGGUGGAAUGUAUCUUCCAUUCCAACCACAACCCAUGUUUUACCCGUCGAUGACACCCAUGAUGCCGAUGAUGGGCGAGGACGCUACGAACAGCCCCUCACCCCAGGCGAUGUCCCCACACAUGCCUCCAGCGUACAUGAACAUGCCGUUUGGGUAUCCAGGUGCCAGUGGGAUGCCGCCAUUCCAGGGAAUGAUGGGCGCGGCGGGCAACGGAGGAGGUAUGCCUGGUGGUUCGAGCGGCAGUGGCCACAAACAUUACUACGGUCAUAAUAGCCACAGUAACGGUAACGCCCACCAUGGCGGCAACCAUCCUGUCCAUACUACACACCAUGUCAACAACCACAACAGCCAUCACCACAAGCCAAGAAAUCACAACAAGUAG